AUGAACCACAACCAAGGGCAGCCGUUCCCACAACAAGCUAGAGUGUUGGGUAGACCCCCUGUACAGCAUGGACGGCGUCAUGAGACGCAAAGUCGCCAGCCCGUUGUGAGUUAUACGGAGCACGAGUGGGCGCAGAUACAAACCAAGUUGAGCAAAGCCUUGGGCCCAGAAUACGUCAGCUCUCGACCUGGCGGCGGGGGCGCCAAAAUCAACUACAUUGAAGGAUGGAAAGCAUUGAACCUUGCCAACGAGAUAUUUGGAUUCAACGGAUGGAGCUCGGAGAUGAUCUCGUGUGAAAUCGACUACCUCGACGCGCACAACGGCCGGUUUUCACUAGGUCUUUCCAUCGUCGUUAGGAUCACGAUCAAAGACGGCACGUAUCACGAGGAUAUCGGGUAUGGGUUUGUCGAUAACUCCAAGAGCAAGGCGAUGGCGUUUGAAAAAUGCAAGAAGGAGGCGUUUACCGAUGGGAUCAAGCGGUGCUUGAGGUGCUUUGGAAACGUCUUGGGAAACUGUUUGUAUGACAAGACUAUAGUUAAGCACAUUGACAAAGUGAAAGAACCCCCGAUUGAGUAUGAGGCGAAGAACUUCCAUAGAGACCCUUUGCUUGUUGAGAGGGCACGCAAGAAGGAAUAUAUAGAGAGAAAACUAGUAGAAGAAGAACAACGAAAACAACAGCAACAGCAAGAACAACAAAAGAGAGCAGAGAAUGGGGUAGCAGGAGCAGGAGCAGGAGCAGGAGCACGCCCAAAUCGAAUCGAACCGGUGGCGGUUUCCUUGAAGCCGCACAUGGCUCCACCAGAUGUUUUCAUUACGCCGAAGCUGCCUAGAAGGUUGCAAGAGAACUUUGAAGGGAAAGAUGCGGAUGAAAUGGACGAGUCGUUUUUGUUCAGCGAUGAUCCUGGCGAAGAGGAUUCUCAAACAUCGCAUGAUAACCAGCAACAACCACAACAACCACAACAACCACAACCACCACCACCACCACCACCACAACAACAACAACAAAAGGAUCCUUCUGCGUCAGAAGAAGCAAUGGACGUUGACGAGGGUGUUCCGCCAGUGGAGCAACCAGUAACUGCAUUCGUGACUGCCAAGAGUGCACCAUUAUUGCAGCUGAGACAACAGGACAGCACAGCCGAGAUGAAGAGAUUCGACACUACUUUCGUGUCUCCAAACGUCCGACGAACUGUAGACCCUACCAAAUCGGUUCCCGUGAAAAGGACAGAUGCAAGGGCAAUCAACUCGCCAAACGGCAUUAACCAUUUGCACAAUCGAAUCAAUAAACCGAGUAUCAACCCCUUGCACAACAAUCUUGGGAAAAGGGUGGGGAUGCCUCCGCCAAAGAUAAAUAAGCGCUUACACACUGACAGGGAUAACCUGCCGAAUCCAUGA